UACUUCCGGUGGUAAAAAACCAACAUCUAUUGCUUUGCGCACUCUUGAUUGGCAACUCCUUAGCAAUGAGUCUCUUUCUAUAUUCUUGGACAAGCUUGUACCGUCGUGGAAAGUAAUACUGGUAUCUGUUAAACUGAUUCUUAUGUUUGGAGAGAUAAUUCCUCGAUCAAUCUAUACUCGCUAUGGAUUGACCAUUAGAUCCACUGUAGCACCCCUUGUUCAGCUUUUUCUCUGGUUAUUCUUCCUCAUUGCUUAUCCAAUUAGUAAGGUCUUGGAUUGGAUGUUAGGUAAGGGGCACGUUACCUUUCUACGGAGAGCUGAACUAAAAAUGUUUGUGGAUUUCCAUGGCAAUGAGGCUAGAAAAGGAGGGGAUUUGACACCUGAUGAAACAACAAUAAUUGUUGGAGCACUUGAGUUGACGGAAAAAAUUGCAAAAGAUGCAAUGACUCCAAUAUCAAAGGCUUUUUCUCUUGAUUUGGACGGAACCCUUAACUUGUGGGUUUAUAAGUUGUGUUCAAUUUUAUUCAAGCUUUCAAAAACUUUUUAUUUAUUGUUUAUGUUCCACGAGAAAAAUCUGAACUUGGACACUGGAUUUUGGGAGUUUUUAACUUUACUGAUUGGUGCAUAUAUGUAUAUGACUUCAACCGUACCAGGCGCGGUGAUAAAGUUGUUCAAAAAGUGAUGUUACCUUACCAAACAUUGAUACCGUAUUUUCUGAAAAGGCCAAUUUCUAUCUUGAGAAGGGCAUUGACAAAUCUGGAAAUAACACUUUGCCGAUAAAAAUGGUUGAUGAGCUGCCACAACAAAUUCAAUGGUUCGCAUAGGUAUGGAGCUUUAUUGUGGGAUCAUGAAAAGAGAAAAAACUAGAAGCUGGUAUAAAAUACAACACUACAGAAAAAGUUGGCAGAUUAUUUGGAAAGAAAAAGAGGAAGAGGACACACCAGGAGCAGUAGUUUAGUUUUGUAGUUAUUGAAAAUCACUGUACAAGAUGGAGUUUUAGCUAUUUUUAUGAGAUUAUGUGAAUUUUAAACAGUCUUUUCAAAUCGAAUCGGCAAUUUUUUAU